CCCAGCGUGCCCUCGCCACCUCCACCACACCACAACCCGGUUCUACCCCAUUGUGGUCGAUUGGUGCCAGUAAGCCCGCCUGAGGAGUCAAGCUUGGUUUUGCCGGAGCCGCGCGGAGAAACGGCAUAUUUUUACAAAGGUCGGACAAGCCAAGCUACCGGUUUCAGCCGUAUUCGAUUCACCUGCAUCAGGGCGCAGUAUGAACGACGAUGAGAUCCGCGAGCUGAAUGCUCGGGUCGAGCGGGCGCUGGAGGACUUUGAUUUGGAGAGCAUGACCGAGGAGGAGGCGCAGCAAGUCCGCCGACGGGUCCAUCACCGAUCGGUGGAGAAGCAACGGCGCGACGGGAUCAAGCUCCGGCUGGCACGGCUGACCGAGCUUGUGCCAUCACUCUCGAUGGCGCGGUCGACAAAGAAGACAAACGUGCUGCAAGAAACGAUCAAGUACAUGACCAUGCUUCGCCGCUCGGUGGCCGAGCUGGAGACCCAGAUGACGCCCGAGGCCGACCCCAAAUGGAGCGCGGCCGCCCUCUCCGCCCUCGACGAACAGCUCGCCGAGGAGGAACGCAUCAUCGCCCGUGUCCAGGCCCGGAUCAACGCCAUCAAGGCGCAGCGCGUCACCCGCGACCAGCCGCCACCGGCUUCCACACCGGCGCCUGCACGAGCUGUCGACACCACGCCUGCGCCGUCAUCAUCCGACGAGAGCCUUAAUGCCUCGUCGACACAUUCCUCGUCGGCAUCCCGCGUCACCCGGCGGACCCGCACGGCCUCGGCCGAUGACUCACCCACGGAUCCGUCGGCGACUGGCCGCACACGCCGGACCCGCCGUCGGACCUGAGUGCCAGCGGCGGAACAUAAAUGCAAAGCUCUGCA